CAACGGAAUCCAGUAAUUUAGGAAGUCAAAAAAUUGUACACUAAAACACAGAGAGACGAUUGCUUACAUUUUUAAGGAAAAAUCAGUAUGGAGACAGGUGAGGAUCAGAAUUCCAGCUCAGCCAAUGGGAACACUCCGUCUGGGGGCAACUCCAGGCCCCCACAGAUAUCUCAAAUGUCUCUGUAUGAGAGACAGGCAGUCCAGGCUUUGCAGGCCUUACAGAGACAGCCCAAUGCAGCACAGUAUUUCCAGCAGCUGAUGCUGCAGCAACAGAUUAACAGCGCACAGCUUCAUAAUCUGGCUGCCGUGCAACAGGCGAAUCUCGCUGCCAGUCGGCAGUCGAGUUCUCCCAGUAACAGUGUCUCACAGGCAACCAGUACAGCCCACUGCUCAGUAAAUUUAAGCACCACGUCCGGAGGAGGGACUAUGACCAAUCCCCGCCCACUGGGCCCAGCCACUUCAGCGACAUCAUCGGCUCUCAGCCAAUCGGUUUUGCUGGGCGGGAAUUCGGCAGGACAGGGACAGAUGUACCUGAGGGUCAACCGAUCUCUGCGGGCUCCACUUGGGCCCCAGCUCAUCUUUAUGCCAGGUGGCACGGCAACAGCUGCCGUGGCAACUGUCGCUCAACAACAGCCCCAGCAACAGCAACAACAGCAGCAACAACAGGCUCAGCAGCAGCAGCAGCAGCAGGAAGUCACUCCCACAUCUACAAGUGCCCAAUCAGACAAUGACCAGGUGCAGAACUUGGCAAUGCGUUGUACGUCCUCUCCUCGCGUGGCUGCCGUCAAGACGGAGUUUCCAGACAGGAAGGAAACAGGCACAUACUCAAUGGGACAGCAGCAGCAGCAGUUUGGCCAAUCCCAUCAAAGCACUGCCCAUCAAAGCACCGCCCACCAGAGCUCCACCAAUCAGGUCCAACCCCAACCUCAGCAGUUGCCCAACACCAAGAUGCAAGGCUACACGAAUCCCAAUCUGCCCAAUAUGACUGUCAAAGGCACAAACCAGUCCGGCAUAGCGGGUCAGCAGACGGCAAACUCCUCCGUUCCUCCCUCUUCCUCCCCCUCUCCUUCUAUUCCUCUGUCUCAGAUCCUCCUCUCGCCCUCCGCCCUCUGCCAGGCUCGUGCCGUAACAACCCCGGCUGCCACGGUAACGCACAUCCUUGUGCCCACUUCCAACGUGCCCACCUCUUCACAGGGUUAUGCCGUCGGUUCGGUGGCACCCAAAACCAACUUGGGCGCCCAAACUUUGGUGGUUCAGCCUCUACAGCAGUCUGGUGCAAACCUGACCCAGGAGAAGCUGACUCACGGAACAGGGCCCGUUCCGAUCCAGCCCAAAACUGUCCAGGCCAAUCGGCUGCCCGUUCAGAUGCCCCCUCGCCACCCUCCCCCCAUUCUCCCAGCCCCACCGAAUAACUCCCAGGGAACUGGGGCCCACCACCCACCUCACGUUCCAGUUCAGCUGGUGGGAGCCAGGCAGGGCUCUCUAGGAAACUCCCAGGCUUUAGCGCUGGCCCAGGCCCGAACUUGCUGCGCCCAAGAUAGCGCUGUCGCGGCUGGCAACCCCACCAGCUCUGGCAACAAUAUGGUUGCCAUGGUGACUUCCAUGGAAACAGGCAAUGGCAGCGGUGGAGGUGUGUGCCUUAAAUCUCCCCAAAGUGCCCUUCCUGUAAGCCAGAUGCAAACUAAUCAGAACCCUGCGCUCUCAGCCAAUCAAAACCCUUCUCCUUCAGCCGUAUCCGUUGCUCACUCUGCAGAUGGACAGAAUAACUCUUCCUCAGUGGGGGCGCCCUCUGCUGGAGACUCUGUGUUCAUGCAGUCUGGACCAACUCAGACGAAGCCUGUGAUUGGCUCCUUGAAAAGGAAGUCAGAGUCUGAUGGGACCAAUGAGAUGUCAGCAGAGGCUGCAUCUCACUGCUGUCCAUCAAUGCAAGACUCCGCCCCUCCCCUCUCUCCUGCUCCUUCAAUGGACACGGUCCCGGAGGCGCCGUUCUCCUCCCCUCCAACUCUGUCACUCUCUCUCCCUCUCUCACGCGGAGGUGCCCAGGGGGAGCGUGCUCCCCUCCCACAGGCUGUGGUCAAACCGCAGGUGCUGACGCACCUAAUCGAGGGUUUUGUCAUUCAGGAGGGAGCAGAACCCUUCCCUGUGACUGGGCCAAUGAAGGAACGAGCAGAGGGACUACUGCCUGUGGCUGUCCCGCCCACCAUACAGACAGAGAACACCACGCCUGCCGUGAUGAAGUGUGAGUAUUGCGAAAACUUUGCUCCAGCCAGUCAGUUCCGAGGGUCCAAACGGUUUUGCUCCAAAACCUGUGCCAAGAGGUACAACGUGAGCUGCAGUCUUCAUUUCCGUACCAGCCGUGGGCGGGCGGGUGCAGCGGGCCCACCCGCGACCCCUCCUGCAGUGCAGGAUGGUAUCGCCCGACGCAGGGGUCCUCGAAGGAGCAGCUCGGAGAUCGCUUGUGCAAAAAUAGCGGGCAGACAUCUCCCUGUCAAAUGUCGUUCAGAGUCCAGUCGUUCUGAGGAUAUUUCCAGCUGUGAUGGCGAAGAAGAGGAAGACUCCCUGUCACUCUCUCCAAGCUCCUCGUUCUCAUGCCCUCAACCCACCCACUGUGGCCCGCGAUUGGAUGGUUCUGCCGCUAGCAACCUCCCAUUGGAUGGGGACCAUUUCCUGUCUGGCAGCCCCGCUCACUGGACUGUCGAGGAAGUCUGUAGAUUCAUCUCCUCACUGCAAGGUUGCGAGGACCUGGCCGCCCAGUUCCUGUCCCAGGAGAUCGACGGACAGGCCCUCCUCCUCCUCAAGGAGGAGCACCUCAUGUCCACCAUGAACAUCAAACUGGGUCCCGCGCUCAAGAUUUGCGCCUCCAUCAACAACCUGAGAGACUGAGGCGCUCGGGGGCAGGAGGAGAUCAGGAAAAAGAGACGGAGAAAGACAAAAAAAGCCUGACGUUUUCCAUGAACGAUCCAUCUGAGAAACCCGGAACGACGGACGAGGACGAGUGGAUGUAGAGGAGGGAACCCUACCUUUCCGUCGGAAAACCAGAGAGAAACAGAAAUCGGAGAAAAGACAAUAUUUACAGGGUGGAUGAGGCGGAGAUGGGAAGAUGUUGACGAAAAAGAUGUCGCAAAACCUUAAUCUACAAAAGAAGGGAAUGAGAGAGCAAGAGAGAGAGAGACUCCCAAGGACUUUCACGAAUGUUGAAUGUGCUAAAACAUUUCUCUUUAUGUACAUUGUUUGGAUGAAGAAGAAGAUAGACGUGUGUG